UUUGCGUCUGGCAACUCGGUGUAAAACCUUUGAUCAGUUGGCACGGACACUUCUCAGACAAUGAAGUUCUUUCGCUUUUAGACGGGCAGCAAUCUGUUCAUCUUCAACGAUAAGAGGUCAUCAUAAAUUUAACAUUGGUCACGACAUUCUUUCAGGUACGCAAUUUGCUCUGAAAAUCAUGUUUACGUUCAAGUCCUUAUGAGGCCUGAAAAUCGGGACAAAUUUUGUUAUCUGUUCCUACAGCAAGUCUUGUCCUCGUGAUUCUUACGGGAAAUUUUAGUUUGGUUUCGAGAUGAAAAGGAUGUGACCUUUCUUGUUUCAUGCCGGUUGGAUGCGAAGUAUGCUUAACUCAAUGAGCGCGGUCAGACAACUGCGAUCUUCGAUUACCGCUCGUAAACUGUACCCUGCUUUCUUUCACAAAUACAGCUAAAUAUUAGGGGGAAAAGGGAGAGAGAGGAGUCGAGUUCUGAAUAACCGUUCUACCCAGCUCUUCAGGAAUGUUAUGAAGGAGAAGAAACGAUCAUAGAUCAAAGAGUCAGACGAAAAGUAACACCUAAGGAAGUUCAGGCCGAUGUGAUUGGGGGAAAUGCCUCAGUAGUGUCGGAUUCGAGUUAUUUAUUGUAUUGCAAAUGCAACUUAGACGUGUUAACUCUCUACUUCGUGGUGGAUUUUUGUCGAACCGUUCCCAAGGAACAAGUAAUUAAAAGCUUUAGUAUAAUUAGCGCAUAGCGAGCUCUGAAUAGAUUUAAUUAGUCCCUAUUAGCCAGCGCAUUGUGUAGGUCGUAAAACAAAGAUUAACUUUUUGCGCGGAUAUGCUUUGAUUUUAAUGGCGUUUAUAAAAUUGUUUUUUGGAUGCCAUUGCUGAACGUGAGUAGAUUUUAAUUUCCCUAGUGAUCUUUAGUCUGAUGGGGUCGUAUUUCUUUGAAGCGGUCGGGAGUUGUUGUUAAGAUUCAAUGAAAUAUCACGCUAACUAGAAAUUAUUUCCUUCCAUAAUUAUUCAAGCGAAUUGAAUCGGCUCGGUGAAGCGAGGGACUGGAUACUCAAUACUGUAUGCUAUAUGCUAUGGUCAAACAAAAUAUCAUUAAGCAAUCUUCCGACCUAAUAAAUAAUUUACAACACACCUCAGAGUUCGGUAGAUAUUUAUUUCCUUCCGGCACAUUCUGCGUAAAAUUCAGAGGUCCUUGUGGUUUAAGAAGUUCUUUACACAAUGUUGCGAGAACACUCGAAAAGUUUGAAAACCACUCUACUACGGCUCGUAGCUUAAAAACUUUCUUCGUGUUCUCCCAACAUUCCGCGUGGGUUAUUACACCGGUAAAUUGAUAGAAAGUGCGGUAUAUUGCUUAAAUCGUCGCAGAAUUGUGCAGUACUUGUCCUUGACGUGUGUUAGCCGCAUUUAACGCAAAAUAGUUGAGGGGGGAGAUAUUUUUACGUCCGCAAAAUGCGACAAUUGUGCGAACAGCAAUCGCCAGAAUCGAUGCUUGACACAGGAGGUAGGGGGUCAUAAGGAUAUUGAUUUAUUGUCAAGAUAAGAGAGAGAAUGGGACGCUAGUGGCAAAAAGAGAAGCGAGUUGAUGGGGCGGGGGUUAAAUAGCCCCAUCCCAUAAAAUCCUAGAUGACAGUUUUUGAUUUUAGUGUAAUUUACUGCUUAAAUUUCCUUUAAUCUCCGCAGGCUGUUCAGUGCUCUCAAAUAAGAAGGUAUGACUGAGUUAGUUCUCCAUGAAGCGGCUGUCAAUGGCGACUACCAGCAGCUUGAGAGCAUGUUAAUGAUCCACCGAAUAGAUGUCGAUUAUAAAGAUGAAGACUUCGGCGAUCGUACAGCGCUCCACUGGGCGGCCUCCAAAGGUGAGAGACGUUGUUUGACCCUCAAAUUCCCAGGAAUGACCUAAUAGGAAUUUUUCCUCAGAAUAUCACUACGUAUACAUUUUCAAGGAUACAGGUGAGGAGGAGAAUGAAAAAGAUCACUUGAUUAAAACCAGAUUCUCGGAACUUAAUUAAGGAGAACUGUACUAUAAUUGGUGGGGAGAUUUGUAUCCUAGAUCACAUAGAUCUUGAGAGUGAAAGGGUUAAAGAUUUUUUUCGCUUUUGAUACAACCGUUUACUCAGGGCCGUCAGUGGUACUUUAGUGACCAAUUUCCUCGCCUCUGUUUGUUCCGAGAUACCCCAGGGGCAAGAGAUAAUUCAGUCAGCAUAAGGCGAUACCGUGGUGCACUGCUCAUCCGUUCUGCGCGUGAUCGCGCGCGCUCUUAAUUUCGCAACGAGGUAGUCUGUUAUCGAAAUCACCUUGACGAGCUCCUUGUAAGAAAAUCGUAUAUCACCUUCAAUUACUGAAUGCUGACGUUCUUUCAUCCCACAAGAUAGGAAACAGACCGAAAGAUUUUUUCUUUCAAAGUAUUCUUAAACCAAUGUAUAUACCCUGUAUAAAAACGGCGUUUUGUCACGGUCGUGAGGUAGCCCGAUAUUGCACGGAUUCACAUGGAAAACUUAACCUCUGACAAAAGGAUGCGAUUCUUUCACUCAGCGAAAAUGUGUUGUGAAAUAUCGGCAUGAGAUUACGUCAUGUUUUUUUGCCAAGAAAACUUUCGAAAGUCUGUAUUUUUUUCCAAUUGAGUAUGAAUUUUGGCCUGCAAUAAAACUGACAUAGAUACGUCCUCGCCGCGCAGCCUGGGAACGCUACAAAUUCUAAAUCGAGUUAAUAACAAAACAACCUGUUCUCUCAGAAUCGCACGUCCAUCCCUAGAUCUAUCACUGCUUCUGGUGUAAAAGAAAGGCUCUAACAACACGACGGACGAAGACACAAGGACCAUAUUUACCUACUGUUUUGCUCCUCCGUCAACAAAGCCGAUCAAGAUAUUUUAGAAUCCGCCAGUUUUAAUAGUCUUCUUUUCAGCGGUUAUUGGUUAUAGUAUCAGUCAAAAUAAUUUCCAAAUAAUUUCUAGAAAUCCUUAGCCAGCCCCUUUUUACAUCCAAUCGCAUGAAAAAGACCAAAGCUAGUAGCUAUUUGAUCAAUCGCAAUUUUCGGUUUUGUGGGUUUUCUCUGAGUACUCGUUAGCUCUUGAUUUUGCCCUCGAUAACUGUAAUUAACAAUGCUCUGUCAAAAGAGCGCUUUACUAAUUUACGUGGUGUUAUGAUACUGCCCUUUAGCUUUAUGAGUUUAAACAUCUGUUCACUGAGAACAAAAUGUCUCUCUCUUGUGAUAUGCAAAGUGGAUUUUCUCAGCAUAUUUUUAAAGUCAUCGCAGAACUUAUCCAUGUGUGAUCUGCGAGAAAAUUAUAUCUGGGAUGAAUGCAAGUUAACUUUUCGGCCUUGCAUAACUGGCGUGGAUUUUCCAGCAGUUCCCUGUGGGACUAAGAUCCAUCAAAUUUUUUAUUAGAUGUUCAGUUUACAAACAAGAACUCAAGCAAAACUAUUUAACCAGUAGCUGUCAUUAUGUAUAUUGUCCUUAGAGAGUUCGCCGCCAUUAUGAUCUAAAUCUCAAAAUCAUCAAUCAUUGUUUCCCUUCACGUACCUUUAACAAUAGCACUCUUGAAAUCAAACCAAUUUUUUUCAUUGCGUCACUUGUUGCUCCAUUAGAUGUAAAUUCAAAUUGUUUAUUCCCGAGUAGCUUCAAUGCUUACAAAAUUUACUGAAACUUUAUCGUUCGAGUGUUGUUCUUCGUCACGAAGGGCAUGACAAAUCAAGAAAAACCGCCGACCAAACAGGUUUUUAACAGCAGCAGCCACGACUUGCUUUUACACGAGACGUGCGCCCUGGGAGACGACACAAAACUCGAAGAAUUGGGUAGCUUUAUAAGAGGUGGAAAAAUCGACGUGAAUUCGAGAGAUGAGGAAUGGGGCGACAGAGCUGCUCUUCACUGGGCGGCACACAGAGGUAGAAAUUGUUAUGACUACCUUAAAUUUAGUAUUGGGUUCACACCCUUAUGGUUCUUUCUAGCGUUUGCUCAAGACAAGGUGUUCGCGCAAUGAUAACAAGCUCAAUAUUUUGUUAUGCUUCAGCGUCAAACUUAUGGGCCAUAAACGUCUUCAUUAGUUCAACUGUUUUUGAGUCCUUCGUCCUGUUCACCCCUGUUUUGGUUUUUGUCCUAAAAGAGAAUUGAUUGCAAGUUGAUGAGAAAGACCUCUCGCAGCGUUCAGCUCGUUACAGUUUUUGGUCAAAUGUGUUUAAUUUCCGUCUGAUACGGCUGGUUUGAGAUGAAAGGCUCACUGCACGGCAAGUGUGAAAAUAUUGAAACCGGAACUCAAGUUGGUCUCUUGAACUAAGGUCCGCUAAACAAGGUGUCCCUAUAACCAGAUAAAACACGCUUGAACCAGAAAUUAAUCCAUUAAAAUUGUUUGAUCUUGAAAAGUCCUAUUAAUACUCAACCUGUUUGGCCCGUGUUACCUUUAAACCGAAGCAAAAUAUGUCCACUGAGUUCAUGGGUUUUUAUAUGAUGUUACAAAUUGGGUUAACAAUGAUCUCUUAUGUUAAUUACGGACGUUUCGCCUACAUGUUUCGUCGAGUGGUUUUCGCUCAAAAUUUCAAGUCGACCUACAGCACUGCUUGAUUCACGAAAGAAAUCUUUAAAAUCCGAACAAAGAAAUAUCAAACUCUUACUGAAUGGGUCUUUACAGGGAUCAGAAUUCCGAGACUGAAAUUUGAAACAUGCCGAGGGACAACUUCUUUGCUGGGUCCCGGCUGGCAACGGUUGACUAAGGAGUUAACCUCCAGAACGCGCAAUCUCUCUUAAGUUCUGAAAAAACUGUAUCAAACGCCUCUGAUACACUGGUAAUUUAGAUAUAUAACGACAGCGCGCUGACUUUUUAAUUCGGCAGAACAUAGAGAAUUGCGCACCUCGCGAUAUUUAAGUUUUACGGUAUGAUACUGAACAGUAACUUAAACAAUCUCAGAUAUAGAGAGCAUCAAAAUCCUUACACGACAACAAUACAUACCUUUUCUUUCUGUGUAAAUCUACGGGCGCUCUGCAAACUGAUUGGCUACGUAACUCACUAUCUAUUCCAUGACAAGGAGUGAAGAGAGUGAGAAGCCUGGCAGUAUGCAAUUCUAAACAAAAUAUAAUGAAAAAAUUAGCCUGCCUAGUUGUGUAGUUUUGAACGACUGAAACGACGAAAACAGUUCGGUUAUUUGCCCUUGAUCUCUAUGCGUGACAGUGCAUCUGGGCUUCGCCCUCCGAUUGAAAUCUCGAGCUCAUAAUCUCAUUGUUAAACAUAUGUUUUAUUGUACUUUCUGUUUUUUUAUCCAGGGCACGCCAAGUGUGUGAAACUUCUUUUGGAAUACGGCGCUGAUCCUGCCGCUCGUAUGGUGGGAGGCUGGACACCAGCUCACUGCGCGGCGGAGACUGGACGCUUAAAUGUACUCAAGAUCUUAAUCGAACACCAGGCCCCUGUCAUGAUUGCGGAUAACUCGGGGGACACGCCUAAAAGGGUAGCGGAGAUAUACGGACAUACGGCUUGUAUUGAACUUCUUGAAAGGUAAGACUUGCUCUGAGCGAGUUAGGCUUGAACGAUGUGUUGUUAAUCAAAACUGGCACGAAUCUUUAUUUACUUCACGUUGCCGAGUUCAGGUUGUUGUCUUCUACUGCCCAUGGAGCCUAAAUGUAAAUUCGAAUUGUUAGGAGACGAUCAUUCACGAAUGUCUUUUGCUGGCUGGUUUGUGAAGGUCUCUAAUCAUAAAAAUUACAAUUUCCUCGAUUGUAAUUGGUUUAGAAAACUGUUAUCGGACAGGUUGUUAUCAGACAGUUCAAUAAACCAAUCACAUUCAAAGUUGUAGUUUAAAUCAACCAAUCACAACCAUUAAACAAUUUAAGCCUCUUGUCAGUCUUUUAAUGCCAGUUUUCCUUUUCUAUCCAAACUUGUCUAUGAUUAAUUAGUAAUAAGACUUCUUGUCUUCCAAUUCGGUCUGUAAUCAUACUGUGUAAUCAUACUCGUGACUCCCGCUACGUGGUCGUCCGAUUUUGUUUUUACUUGCACGUCCUAUUGCCAGUACCUAUAAGAAAAUAGUAUUAGCACUAUUCCAUGGUCUAACUUUACUCCAUUACCUGUGUACCUAAAUGUGGUAGCAAUUAAUUGCAGUUUUUUUUCCGUUUAUCGCACUUUUCACCAAUUUUCUGCGUUUGGAUCCUUAGUACUUCGUUUGCCUCGAUUUUCCCGCGUCUUAACAACAACUACUUGCACAUUUUACUGCGUUUGGCAACCUUCAUUUGCACUUUUUUCGUGUAUUUAUUUGCCACGUCUUUUUCAAGACAAGCUUAGGCAGCCUUGGCCUCUUAGCUGUCGUGUAACUCUUGAUGAUUUUCCUUAUAAUUUCUUACAGCGCUGAAGAGUCCUCUGUCCAAAAACAGCUUCUUAUUAGAGACAAGUUCCGCUCCAACACAAGAAAAGUUUCACGCAUUGUGGCUGAGAAAGGCUUGGAGGGUCUUCAAGGAAAAGUGACAGAUGUAGCCAGCUAAGUUAUUGGUGCUAUGUCGGUUUGUGACGAAUCUCCUGAAUUCACGAUAAAUAGGUGAUAAAGACCUUAUCGCAAAUGGCGUCGUGGGAUACUACGCGAUAUAUUACGCGCGAGUCACGUGCACGUCACGUGCGCAUCACGCGCGAAUUAGGGCGACUUUAAACGGAAUAAGAAUCGCACCGAUGCAAAUACUCGAGGAUGUGUAAGAAGGUGGACUCGACUUAAGUUUAGAAUUUUACUAUCUUGUCAUGGACUUCCGGGAAAGUUGGAUCUGUAUCCUUGACAUUAGUUCAACCGACCUUCAAAAGGGAUUGUUUUGAUUAGAUAGUUCGAUAACUUCACAUGUAUUGUAAGUCUACUUUGAUCGGUACUCGAACUCUGAGUUUGUGCCCAGUCUCACUCUUUGUAAAUCUUUAUUCACAGUCCAGUUCCUGUUGUUAAAUUGAAAUUCUGGUAAUCUUUUUUAGCCGAGGGUAGACGGAUUUCCCUUAAAAAAACAAAACAAAACAAGCAAAACAACAACAAAAUUAUCAUAGUUUUAUGACGAAGAUUUCCUACCUUUAGAAAAUCUGUUAUCUCUUGAUCUGUUACGAUCAGUGUAUAAACAGUGAAAUUUCUAUAGACUGGAGAAUGCUGUGGCGACAGGAGUCACAGGAGAGUGUUAAUAUACCGAUUUCGUUUUACCAAUCGCCACUCUUCCUUCUCUUAGGGGUUUCGCGCUUAUAUUAAGCUUUGAUCUGCUGGAUCGCGAGUGGUAGAGUUCAACUCUAUCGCAUCCUAUUCGUAUUUUAACUUCUUAUUUCCAAACCACCGUUGCCUUCCUUUGCAUACCGGUGGCAAUUUUGACAGGAUAUUGUUAAUUGUUGGUGCACAAUUUACACCAGUCUCGGCGUCUAUUAGGAGAAAAGAAAGGGUCAACUAAGCCAUAGGUCAAGAUUUGGUUCACCCUUUAACCCCUAAAAGUGACCGGCUUCUUAUUUCUCCUUACAGUGUCACCCUUAAAUCAAAUUAAAAGGCUAUGAGAACGAAGGAAAUAAUCACCAUUUCAAGAAGCUUCUGAUUGUCAAAUCAAUUCUCCUUUACUCAGUACCAUAUAAAAUGCAGAGUUAGCAGUGUGAG